AGCUCAUCAGAAACACUAAUAGACGUACACAGAUACAUGCAAAUAACAGUCUUAUAGAAGUUAAACAGGAAAACGCAAGAAAACGUCGUCGUUCAUUCUUGUCCUCUACUCCUUCACAUACAUAGAAAUACACGUAUUUUGCAUGCGCUUGUCUGAUAAUUCCUCCUCUGCUGGUGUCGCCCUCCCCCUUUUUUUUGCGGCUUUAAGAGCGAAAUAGUCGGCACGCGCGGCAAAAGUGCGCUGCUAACGCUGCGUGGCUGUUUCCUUCAAUAGCCUUUUUAUAAUUACUUAUUAUUAUUAUUAUCAUUUGUAACUCUUCAUCUUCUCUGGCGUGUCAGCAUGUCCACCCGCCUGGAGAGCGGCACAAAGGAAGGGUGGCUCUUCAACUACUAUCCCACCUCCGAGACGGUGCGGGAGGAGGACGGCGUAAGCGGCGAGGGCGCGCAGCGGGCAGCGUUGGUGCUGCUGUUUCAGGACUUAGCAGGCGACACGUUUUAUGUUCAUCUACAUUACAACCCGUACAUUCUGGUGCAGGCGGUGGAGGGACAUGAGCGCGAGGUGGAGCUCGGCUUAAUGUCCGUGUUUGGCCCCCAACUCAUUCACGAGAUCACCCCCAUCGAAAAGGAAGAUCUGGACCUGAUCAAUCACCUGAGUGGCAGGAAGCGCGUCUACCUGAAGGUGGUUUUCCGCAAUGUGCAGGACCUCACGACAGUGCGGGGACGCCUGGAGAAGGAGGUGCAGCGCAACUCGUCCCGCGCCACCGACGUCUCGUUACAAAACCUGUUCAGCGGCUCUCUCGGCGACGCUAUGGCCAAAACGUUCGAGGAGGACGCCCUCGAAAGCGCGGCUAACGGCGGCGGUCGGUGGAUGGACUGGAUACAGGACAUCCGCGAGUACGACGUGAAGUAUCACAUGCGGGUGGCGAUCGACAUGAAGGUCUACGUGGGUCUUUGGUACGAUGUCACCGUGGUGGAGGGGGAGGCGAGCGUGCGGCGGUGCGACGACAGCCGCUAUGCCCCGGCGAUGCCGCGUGUGGUGGCGUUUGAUAUUGAGACGACCAAAGCGCCGCUGCGCUUUCCACAACCGGAGGUGGAUCAGAUUUACAUGAUUUCGUACAUGCUGGACGGUCGCGGUUACCUCAUUAUCAACCGCGAGAUCGUCACCGAGGACAUCGCGCCUUUCGAGUACACGCCGAAGCCGGAGUACGAGGGAUUCUUUGACACCUUCAACGAAGACGACGAGGCAGCCACGCUGCGCCGCUUCUUUGAUGAAAUGAACAAGUACCAGCCCAACGUGUACGUCACGUACAACGGCGACUACUUCGACUUCCCAUUCAUCCACGCGCGCGCGCUCUACCACGGCAUGAAUAUGCGCAAGGAGAUCGGCUUCACGCAGAUGGCCGACGGCGCCUUUCUGAAUCAGCAAAUCCCACAUCUGGACUGCUUUUACUGGGUGAAACGGGACUCCUACCUGCCGCAGGGGAGCCAGGGCUUGAAGGCCGUGACAAAGUACAAGCUCGGCUACGAGCCGAUCGAGGUGGACCCAGAGAACAUGCUCCCCCUCGCCCAAUCGCACCCACAACGAAUGGCGUCCUACUCGGUAUCUGAUGCCGUGUCUACGUGGUACCUCUACCAAAAGUACGUCCACCCCUUUAUCUUCUCGCUCGCCACGAUUAUUCCCAUGUCCCCGGACGAUGUCUUACGGAAGGGCUCGGGUGGUUUGUGCGAGUCGCUGCUGAUGGUGCAGGCGGAGGCCAACAACGUCGUUUUCCCCAACAAGAAGGAACUGGUACGUGAGCGCUUUUACGAGGGACACCUCAUCGACAUGGAGACCUACAUUGGCGGUCGCGUGGAGGCGCUGCGCAGUGGUGUGUAUCGCUCCGACAUCCCGAUGACCUUCAACAUGAAUCCAGACACCUACCAGAAUCUCAUGGACGACGUCGACAACGCCCUUCGCUUCUGCGUGGAGGUCGAGAACGGCGUCAAGAUGGAGGAAGUGACAAACCUCGAAGAGAUCAAGACGGGCAUUCUCACAAAACUCGCCGCACUGCGGGACCACCCGCACCAGCAAGAGAAGCCGUUCAUUUACCACCUGGACGUAGGUGCGAUGUACCCCAAUAUUAUCCUUACCAAUCGCCUGCAGCCCUACGCAAUUGCGCGGCCAGACGUCUGCGCGGGCUGCUGCUACAACUCCCCCAACAACGAACUGCAGUGCAAGCGGGUCAUGUCGUGGAAGUGGAGGGCAGAGCUGUUCACCGCAGGCCGGUACGAGUUCCAACGUGUAAAGGCGCAGCUUGAAAACGAGUCCUUCGCGGCUGGCGUCAUUGAGCAGGCGAAUUUGGCCGCCGUGCAGAAGAAGGCAUACGGUAAUCGGAAAGGCAACGUGCUGGAGGGCACCGCCUACGAGCGCAAGGACGACUGGAAGAAGAACGGCAGUAGUAAUAAUAAUAAUAAUAGGAACAACGGCAUUGGAGGUGGUCGCUUCAAUGCCAGUAGCGGCGGGAGUGGAUACCGGCAGGAGUCCCGUCACCAGCAACGCGAGGCGGCUGACGCGCUGCUCCGGCGUGAGUUCGGCGGCGGAAACAACGGCGACAACGGCUCGGACGACGACGACAAUGACGAAGACGGCCCGAAGGCCUUUCACAAGCUGAAUGACUCGACGCAGUUCAACAUGCUGAAGCGGCGCCUCAGCGAGUACAGCCGCAAGGCGUACGGCAGAAUUCACGAAACGCGCGAGGUGAUGCGGUCGAACGUGGUCUGCCAGCGCGAGAACUCCUUCUACGUCGACACCGUCCGCCUCUUUCGCGACCGCCGCUACGAGUACAAGGCAGCGUUGAAGACAUGGAAGAAGAAGCUCGAUGCAGCCACCGACGUAGAUACGCGGAAGGUGUGUCAGAGCCGCUGCGUGCAGAUGGAGUCGCUGCAGCUGGCCCACAAGUGCAUCUUGAACUCCUUCUACGGUUACGUGAUGCGCAAGGGCUCGCGCUGGUCGAGUAUGGAGAUGGCCGGCAUCGUCACCUACCUUGGCGCCACGCUCAUUCAGAUGGCACGCUCGCUGGUGCAACAGAUCGGCGUACCGCUGGAGCUGGAUACCGAUGGCAUCUGGUGCUGUCUGCCGAACACGUUUCCUGAGAACUACACCAUCAAAACUUCCAACGCGUCCAAGUCGAAGAUCUCGCUCUCCUACCCCUGUGUGGUGCUCAACAAGAUGGUGCACGACCGCUACUCGAACCCCCAGUACCAGAACUUAGUCAGCCCCGGUGUGUACGAGACGCACAACGAGUGCUCCAUCUACUUCGAGGUUGACGGCCCCUACCUGGCGAUGCUGCUGCCGGCCAGCCGCGAAGAAGGCAAGAGCAUCAAGAAGCGGUACGCCGUGUUUAACCCGGAUGGCAGCAUGGCGGAGCUGAAGGGGUUUGAGCUGAAGCGCCGCGGAGAGCUGAUGCUGGUGAAGGACUUCCAGGCACAGGUGUUCCGCCGCUUCCUCGACGGCACCACGUUGGCGGAGGCCUACGCCUCGGCCGCCUACGUGGCCAACACGGCACUGGACCUCCUCGAGUCGAAAGGUGACGGCUACGACCCCGAGGAGAUCCUCGAGAAGAUUACGGAGAGCAGCAACAUGAGCCGACGCCUGUCCGAGUACCCGGAGGCGCAGAAGUCGCUCGCCAUUACGACGGCGCGACGCAUCGCGGAGUUCCUCGGACCGCAAAUGGUGAAGGACAAGGGUCUCGCCUGCCACUUCAUCAUCUCCCGCAUGCCGGCGGGCCGACCGGUGACGGAGCGGGCGAUCCCCGUGACGAUCUUCCGCGCUGAGCCGGCGAUCCGCACGCACUUUCUGCGAAAAUGGACCGGCGACACGACGCUGCCGUCCGAAUUGAAUCUGAAGGCGCUGCUGGACUGGGACUACUACACCGCCCGCUUCAGCGCGUGUGUGCAGAAGAUCGUGUCGAUUCCGGCGGCGCUGCAGUCACUGCCGAACCCGGUACCGCGCGUGGUGCACCCGGAUUGGCUGGAGAAGCGCAUUCGACACCUCAACUCCCGCUACCGCCAAGUGUCCUUGGUGGGCAUGCUCGCCAAGGCGAAGACCCGUAACGAGGAAGAGCGGCAAGGGGCCACGGCAUCUGCAGGAGCAGCCGCCGUUGUGGUCACGGCCACUUCUGAAAACGAACUUCACAUCGAGGGCGACGACGACGUGACUGUUGUGAAGGGUAUUCGCAAAAGCAAUGGCGGAGGAGGAGGCAGAGAACUGCAAGACUUGGAAGACAUGAUGAGCCCCGGAGCUGGGCGUGCGCCGAAGCCCAAAGGGCCGACGAAGCCAAAGCUAAAUUGCGCACGUGCGCAGAACGCAGCGACCGUCGACGGCGACUCGGACGACGACGACGACGCAGCGGUCGAGGUGGAGUCGGAGGACGACGUGGAGCGGCAGCAGCGCGUGGCGGACGCCGAGCUCGACUCCCUCGCCCACGAUGUCAAGCAAAAGUACUUCGCGCCGAAGAGUACCGUCGCGUUGGAUGCGGGCUUCUUCGCGGAGGCCGGCAGCAAGCGGUGGCUUGCGCAGCGCAGAGACGCGUGGUUACAACGUGCGCGUCUGCGCAAGGAGUUGGCAUUGGAAAACGGGUUUGGUGACGUGUCGCUGGACGGCGAGGCGAGCGGGGCGGCCGCCACGGUAGUGAGCGGCCUCAACAGCCACUUCAUCGACCUCAAGUCCCGUGCGCUGGCAACGACGUGGAACGUGAUGGAGGUGCGCGAAACCGACGAAGAUCCUGGCGUCGUGCAGGUGCUUGCCGCGCUCGAUCAGAAUCUCUACUCCUUCCGCGUUCAGGUGCAGCGCACCGUCCUUGUCGACGUCGACCCAACGUUGCGGCUGCACGGCUUUGAGGCGGUAGAGCUCAACGGCCGCGUGCUGCCGCGCCAUGUGGUGGCGGGCCGCCUGUAUCAAGUAGCCAUCACACCCGGCGAGGAGGGGGAGAGGCGACUGAACGAGCUUCGCAUGAUGGAAGGGGUAAGACAGAUCUACGAGCAGCACCGCUCUCGCACGGAGCUGUUCAUUGAGCAGCUGGGCUGCUGUGCGUCUGUGGAUGCUGGCCGACACCUCCGCAACGCCCGGCGCCGACCGCCGUCGCAGCGGGAGAUGUUCGGUUUGGAGGAGAUGGAAAUGAACUCCUACUCGAACUACCUCGGCCGCGGCGUGGCUGACCGCACCGUCUUUAUCUUUCAAGCCGUGACGGAACAGCAGCGCGGCCUCAUCGCCGUCGUGUACCCGCAGACGAGUUCGGCGCUCGUCGUGUUCAUCCAACCCGCGGAAGCGCCUAAGCCGUCGAUUAACUGGACGACGGUUUGCGAGGAGGGCGCGCGACGCCUUCGCACGGACCCGCCUGCGCCGAUCCACGUGACAGCGGAGACCGCCGUGGAUCAACGAGGGGCGUGGCGGUUGAUUUACCAGCAUUUGAGCGCGGCGCUGGAAAGCACCCGUGCACCGUUGCUGGCGGUGCUGCAGAGCUCGCAGCCAACCGCCAUACUCUUACAGCAGCACGCGCUGCCCACCGGCCUGCCCUACCUCCGCGUCCUCGGUGCAGCAGAGGAUGAGCGACUGCUGAGUGACCCCUUCCGCUGGGCCCGGCUCCUCUCCAAGCGCCUCUUCGAGCGCUUCUUCGCCUCUCUCCUGUGGGUCGAAGAGCGUUUGGCGCUGAGUCGCAUGUCUGGCAUCCCGCUUUGCAACAUCGCGCAGGACAGCUGCGUCCACGUGCUCGACGUCCUCUACACCCGCGCCCUGCACCGCCGCAGCCACGUUCUGUGGUGCAGCAGCGACGCUGCCGUCGCCUUCGACACCGUCGAGGAGCGUCCGCGGGCGGUGUGCAUGGCCGGCGGCUACCCGGCGUGGUGCGUCGACUUCAGCCUCUCCCGCCUCGACGUUGUGGCGCUGCUCUUCUCGCAGGUGAUCGAGGAAGGCGAUGACCCAAAUGCACGCGUGCUGUGCGACAGGGGCGUGUCCACCCACUUCAACAUUCUGCGGGACCUCGUCGCGGACCUGCUCGGGCAGGCGGUGGAGAACACCUUGGCGGACACCCUCAUGAACAACGUGGCGCGCUGGCUGCGCGACCCGGUUUCGGUCUGCUACGAGCCUCGUCUCGUGGAGAUGCUGAGCGGACUGGCGCACCGCGCGUUGACCGGCGUGCUGCUCCGGCUCGCGAAGCUCGGCGGGCGCACGGUGAAGGUGGACGGCGAGUCGGUGACGGUGCUGACGGCGAAGCACUCUAUUCAAGAGGCCGUGAGCUUUGCGAACUUCGUCGCCACCUCGCUGCAGGACCAGCCGAUGCUCAUGCUGCUGGCGCUGCAGCCGGUGCGGUACUGGUGCCCGUACGUGGUGCUCGACCCCCGCAACUACGCCGGGCUCUACGUGUCCACCGAAGCCGCUGUGCGCAUUAGGGAAGGCGAGAGCCCCUCCCGUGCGGACCUGCAGCUCAGUCACCAGUUCACCAUGACUAGCCGCCUGCCGAGUCGGGUGCGCGCCAUCUUCGUCGACCGCGUCGUCGACACACUCUUCAAGCUGCACGCGGCGAUUCAGGCAGUAUACGAGGACACCGUGAAGGACCACACCGUCACCCUGGCGACCCGCCACGACCACCUCGCGCGCCGACUCCUGCAACGCUCGCAGGCGCUGUGCGAGGGUGACCUUCAAACGGCCAUCAUGGAUGAGGUCCAGCGCGUCGCCGACACCCGCGACCUGUACACCGUCGAAGAGGACGCCGCAAGACAGAACGGCUCUCUCACGUUCUGGUCCAGCAGUGCCGUGGCGCUCGAGUACGCCAAGUGCAUUUGUCGCGUCUUGGAGCUCAUCCCCUCCAACGGCGCGGUGGGAACGGUGCGCAACAACUGCAUGCGGCUGUGCGGCAUCAGCCCCUUCUCCCCGCUCGCGCAGUUUCAGUCUGACCCUUUUCUUACCUACCGUUUGCAGUCCCUCACGUGCAGCUUCUGUUGCAGUCACAUCUCGAUUGACCUGCUCGCCAAGCGGAAGGCGCCGACAGCUCCGUUUACGUGCUCAGAGUGCGAGGCCCCCAUCGCCGCCAGUGCCGUGGAAGGUUCGCUGGUGCGUCACGUGAGCCAGCUGUUGCGCGCGUACAACCAGCAGGACUUUGUGUGCUCCAAGUGUCAUGAGAUGACCACCACUUACGUGGCGGAGGGCUGCUGUGGCCCGCUGGUUGGCAAAGCAGCGCGGAUUGAAGGUGAGCUGCGUGCUUUGCAGUACCUCGCCAAGAAUCAAGGCUUUGCGUGGCUGAUGGAGAGUGUGGAGGCAGCGCUUCUCUGCUCGUAG